GUUCAAUGAUAGAGCCAAAUCCAGAGACUUUGACAGGGUCUUGCUUACUUUCGUGCACCACUUUCAAUAUUUUUGCUCCCAUUAACAAAAUACUCGAUCAACAGAAUCAAGGCCUUCGUGAGAGCGAGUUCAGAGCAUUCUGGGUGGCCAGGAACCAGAGGAUUUUGGAUUGGUUGCUCUAUGAAUCUUCUGCAAUUAUAUGUCUCCAGGAGUUUUGGGUUGGAAAUGAAGAAUUUGUGAAUAUGUACCUGGAGAGGCUUGGGGAUGCAGGCUAUAGUGCCUUCAAGCUUGCGCGAACGAACAACCGUGGAGAUGGUUUGCUCACUGCUGUGCGAAGAGACUGCUUUAGGGUUCUAAACUAUCGAGAGUUGCACUUUAAUGAUUUUGGAGACCGUGUUGCUCAGUUGUUACAUGUUCAGUUAGCUGCCCCCUUUUCACAAAACCAGAAAGGCAAUGUUCAGCAAGAAAUGCUAAUUAUGAAUACGCACUUGUUAUUUCCUCACGAUUCCAGUCUCUCAAUAGUAAGAUUGCAUCAGGUUUACAAAAUUUUGCAAUUUGUGAAAUCUUAUCAGAAUGAAAACAAACUAAACCCCAUGCCCAUCAUACUCUGUGGUGACUGGAAUGGAAGUAAGCGUGGCCAUGUGUACAAAUUCCUUAGAUCUCAGGGGUUUGUAUCAACAUAUGAUACUGCUCAUCAAUAUACUGAUGCAGAUGCUCACAAGUGGGUUAGCCACCGCAAUCAUAGAGGAAACAUCUGUGGUGUCGACUUCAUUUGGCUUUGUAAUCCCAAUAAGUCACGUAAACCACUAAAGACUAGUUGGUGUGAAGCUGUUUUUGGUAUAUUAAGGCGGCAGCUCCGAAAAGCUUCAAUGGCUGAAAAUGAUGCAUUUGCCUUUUUGAAGGGUGAUAGCCAUGGUGAUUUUAUUACAUCCUCAGCUUUCUUUGAAGCACUCCAUCAGGUUAAUUUAAUUGGUCAACCUUCGGGACUGGGUUUCCAGGAGACAAGGGAUCUCUGGAUCCAAGCAGAUGUUGAUGCAAACGGUGUUCUUGAUUAUGAAGAAUUUAAGAAUAGGAUCUGGAUAUCUACAGUGUCAGAGGAAAAGGAAAACCUUAAUGGAAGUAGAGAGGAGUCCAUACGAGGCACAGAGGACGCCCUUGGAUUCAACGUGAAGAACGCAGUUCUGUACCCCCGUGAGGCAGAAAAGGGAAUAUGGCCUGAAGAUUAUACUCUUUCUGAUCAUGCCCGACUCUCCGUUGUACUCUCACCAGAAAGGAUGUGGUGUUCUCAGUCAUAAACCAUACUUAAAAUUGUUGAUAAACAUAUAGUAGAGCAGAGAGGAAAAUUGCAUAUCUGUAGGGAAUGUGUAUAGCCAACAGAGAAACGUCCCUUCUGGGCUACUUGUGUUUGUGAAUUCAAUUUUCUGGAAGUAUGGCCUGGGAAAGAGAGAAAAUAGCAAUUUAGAUUUGGGAAUUUUCUGUAUGAUAGUCUUCAUUCUCGCAACUGUGUCUUGCCAGCCUUAGCCAAAUUUUUCAGGCAAGGAGCUGGAACAUGUGUGCUGCUGUCAGCUGUAACGUGUUAUGAUUACCAGAAACAACUGGAUUUUUGAAAUCCUAA